AUGUGUGAUUUUCUCGUUCAUCGUACUCAUUUAUACAAACCACGUCUUUCAUCAAUCCUAUCUUUGUCUCAUCAUCAACAUAGUUCAUCACCGAAUCAUCUCCUAGCAGUUCUUCGUUCUGAUCAUUCGAUCGAAUUAUGGAAUAGCCACGAUUCGUUCACACUUGAACGUACCAUUCAACCUCGAAAUGCUUCACAUUCACCGGAGUUAAUUAUUUGGUUAGAUAAGUAUUUAAUCACCGCUGGUCUCGACGGGCAAUUGAUUGCAUACGAUCCAAUCACGUAUGAUAUACUCACCUCAUGUCAUGCGGCUGGUGGAGCUAUUUGGAGUAUCGCCAAACAUGAAACAACACGGCGCAUUGCUGUGGGAACAGAAACUGGUCAUGUGAAUAUCUACCAAUUAGAUGAAGAUGCCAGUCAAUUUUCUCUUGCUACAUCCGUGUGUAAACAAGCUGCACGAAUUGUUUCUCUAGCAUGGCAUACCACCGAUGAUGACUUUUUGGUUGCUGGAAGUAUCAAUCGGAUUUAUAUUUGUUCAACAAGACAAAAACGUGCUAUACAACAGAUUAACGUAGGAAAAUUAUCAUCGACAUCGAAUAGACGUGGACAAAAGGAUACAAUCAUAUGGUGCUUAGCGGUAACUGAUGAUUAUACGGUGUUUAGUGGAGAUUCUUCCGGACGAACAUGUGUCUGGGAUGCUGUUUAUGGAACAUUAAUUCGAUCAUUUCAAACCCAUCGCGCUGAUGUUCUUUGUAUGACAUUAUCAUCUGAUGAACAAACAUUAUUUUGUUCCGGUGUUGAUUCGGUUAUUGUUCGUAUCGAACUUGUUUCAGGAAAAUCAACAACUAAUUCAACAACAACAACGACGAUGACGACAGGAGUAUCAACGACUGACUCGACAAAACAAUGGAUAAAAACAAUUUCGAUUCAUUCGCAUUCUCAUGAUGUUCGAUCGCUAGCAUUAAUUCCAUCACGUUUUGCAUCUCAACGCAAUAAAGAACAUAAUUUAAGCAAUAAACUAAUGCUAAUCUCGGGUGGACUCGAUGCUCGUCUACUUGUUCAUGAUAUUGUUCGUGAUAAUUCCAAACCACCGGUUCUCUGGCGGAAGUGUUUCAAUUUCACUCAACAUCGAAAUAAAAUCCAUCAGAAAGGAAACUAUUUCCUAUUUCAAUAUCGAGACUAUGUGGAAUUAUGGUCGAUAGGCAAAGAUGGAGGGUUGAAUGAAAAUGGAGAAGACAUUCUUGAACGUGCGCCGAAAAAUCUCGUUCAGAUUAAAACAAGACACCAAGCUCGAAUCGACACUGUUGCCAUGGCAGUGAAGAAAACGAAAGAUGAGGAAAAGGUGACAAUCGCCAUCGGUGAUACCAUUGGUUUACAUGUUUAUGUUGUUCAAGGUUUAGAUCCACAAUCACAAUUGAGUGUUACACCGGUAAACACCUAUGUAGAUGAACAAAAUGUCGAGCAAUCAUUUGCCUCGAUUAAAAACAUUCUUCAACUACGUUUUCAAUCAGCUUCAUUAUUUGCAUUAACUUCUCGAAGUCAACUAUAUUGUUUCUCGUCGUCACCUUACAAACUCAAUCGAAUCAUUUCAUGUAUACCAUCAACACUUCGUCUCGAAGUCUCGCCGAAAUACCUCGCGACAGCUGAUCGCUACGGACAUGUAACGAUCUACCUCAAUUCAACUUACCAACUUCUUACUCAAUUACCACAAGAAACAUAUCAGUGUACAGCAAUGUCAUUUCUUGCCGAUCGUCUCGCCUGUGCCUACGCAGAUCGAACUUUGAUCGAAUAUGAUAUCCAACAGAACGAAUAUUCCGAUUGGACACGAAAGUAUCUGAAACGAAUGCCAUUACAAUGGUUCUCCGAACGAAGUCCGAUCAUCAACCUGUUCUACGAUACAAAAGAAAAGUUGUUCGUGAUUGAUUCAACGUAUUUGAGCAUCAUCGAACGCGGAAAGAAAAUGCCGGGAACGUACACGAAGAUCUUCAGUAAUACUAAUCAAACAAAUUCGCCUAUUCAUGUUUGCAAACAGUUUAAAUAUCUUUUACACGUAACACUUUUAUCAUCAAGCCAAUUGUUUGUUGUGGAAUUGUUACCUUCGGUUGUUGAACAGUGUUUGCCACCCGCAUUGAAACGAAAGCGUUUUGGUACUUGA